CGCACUACUCACUGUAAUAAACCUCAACAAAAUCAUUUCAAAACUUCAUUCUCUUUCCAAGCUUCAACAUUCCCCAAGAAACACAUAAGACAGCAACCAACUUUUAAUCAAGCUUCUUCUUGUCUGUUGAGUUUCAAAGAGGGGACAAGAAAGAAAUGGUGAGGAAGAAGAAGAAAGGCAACAACUUUAAGCUGCUGACUGUGUUUCUGUUUCUUGGUACAUGCCUUGGAGACUACGGCAUUGGAGUCGGAAUCGGCGACGGUGGAGCUUGGGUCGGCGGCGGCGGCGGUGGCGGAAAGCAACAGACAAAUGCAGCUUACAGUGCUCUUCAAUCCUGGAAAUCCGCGAUUACAGAAGAUCCAUCUGGUGUUCUUAAGACAUGGGUUGGUGAAGAUGUCUGUUCUUACAAAGGAAUCUUCUGUUCCGGUUCUUCUGUAAUCGCCGUCGAUCUAAACAAAGCAAAUCUCAAAGGCAACAUCGUCAAAGACCUCUCUCUUCUCUCAGACUUAACCAUCCUCCAUCUCAACAGCAACAGAUUCUCAGGCCCAAUCCCAGUUUCUUUCAGAGCCUUGGAGUCUCUUCAAGAACUCGAUCUCAGCAACAACAGAUUCUCAGGCUCUUUCCCUCAAGCCACAAUCUACAUCCCUAACCUCAUCUACCUCGAUCUCCGGUUCAACAGUUUCACCGGUUCGGUUCCUGAGAAUCUGUUCAACAAACAGUUAGACGCGAUUCUCCUCAACAACAACCAAUUCACCGGAGAAAUCCCCCGGAAUCUCGGAUACUCAUCCGCAUCGGUGAUUAAUUUGGCGAAUAACAAAUUAUCCGGCGAAAUACCGACGAGUUUCGGUAUAUCCGGUUCGAGAUUGAAGGAGGUUCUGUUCUUGAAUAACCAGUUAACCGGUUGUAUACCGGAAUCGGUCGGGAUGUUUAGCGAAAUUGAAGUGUUUGAUGUUAGUUUCAAUUCGUUGAUGGGUCAUGUCCCCGACACGAUCUCUUGCUUGUCGGAGAUCGAAGUUUUGAGCUUCGCACAUAAUAAAUUAUCCGGGGAUCUUCCUGAUUUGGUUUGUUCUUUGAGGAAUCUGAUAAAUCUCACCGUUGCUUUCAACUUCUUCUCCGGGUUUAGCUCUGAGUGCUCGAGAGUCAGCUCUGGGUUUGAUUUCACCGGAAAUUGUAUUCCCGGCGUAGGUUAUCAGCGGCCGCGGCCCGAUUGUUCGGUGAUUGCAGGCGGCGCUUUGAGUUGCCUUAGGAUUCCGGCGCAGCCGUUAACGUGCGCUGCGAUCUUGGGAUUGAAGGUGACUUCAUCUCCGUGAAAAUAUAUAAAGUGUCCAGUUCUUUUUGAGUAUCUUUGUUGCAAGAUUUGUAAUGCUUUGUUGACUUUAUUAUGAUAGAAAAUGCCAAAAAUA